UUUUGGGGGAUUUUUUUUUUCAUUCUAUCCGAGAGAGAUCAGCUUGGUGGAACCUGGCAAGUGGUGGCAGUGAGUCAGUCAGUGAGUGAAUGAAGUCGAAAGUAGAAGGAAAGCAGGAAGGCAGGAAGUCUGUGUAGGCCUAGUGCUGCUGAGUGUGAACUGACUGCUAGCCUUUUGUCGGCCAGGGCGACUGUCGUCGAGGGGCCUUCUGAUUGUGAAGAUCAUUGCUGUUCAGGCUGUUUUUGAAAUACAUAAACACACCACUAACAGUAUGGGACUACUUCCUCGGUUACGGACACUUGUUACAUUUUCUGUGCUAGGUGUUAUACUUGUAUUUGGUAUAAGGUACUGGCUCAAUCAAAAAUCGUACUUAUUUGACGAGAAGAGCAUUGCAGCCAUCGCCCGUAAACAUGUUGGUACAGCCUCCAAAAAGUCGAUAGAGGUGGCUUUUGGCCAUGUUGUGGAAGAUUUGAGGGUGAAGUACAAGGGACACAUACUUCCUGACGAAGACCUUCAGUGGGUGUUUGUGAACGCCGGGGGCUGGAUGGGCAGCAUGUGUCUGCUCCACGCCUCCCUCACCGAGUACGUGCUCUUGUUUGGCACCGCUGUGGACACCACUGGACAUUCAGGUCGCUACUGGGCCAACAUUACGGACACUGUGCUCACCGGCACGUUUUACCAGUGGCAGGAAGGCUCUUUGAAGAGAGUGGUCUACAAACCAGGAGACACAGUGUUCCACGCCGUGGGUGAAGCGACCUCGGUGUCAUGGGCGGCCGGCACGUGGAUGGUGGAGUACGGCCGUGGCUUCAUUCCCUCCACCUUGACCUUUGCCCUGGCCGACUCGUUCUUCAGCACCACGGACCUGCUCACCGUCUUCUACACCGUCAAGGUCUACGCCAAAGCGCUGCUGCUGGAGGCAGGGUUUUACAUCGGGACUUGGUGACGAUUUCUUCAAACUUAGUGUGUGAUUUUAUACAUCGUCUUAGGUAUUUCUGUGCCUUUACAGGCAAUGUUCUCAAUUUCUUUGUUCCUGUCUCAAGGUUUUAUUUCUUCUUUGAUGAAAUUAUACUUUUUUUUUUUUUUUUU